UCUCUCUAUGUUACAGAGGAAAUACUUUUCUUGCAAAAAUCCCUUUGAGUUUGCCACCAUAAAGAACUCAUAUGAAAAGCUAAUAUCUUGUUCUCUUUAGAUGAAGGAAAAGGGUGUUUAUAAAGCAAUGGGAGAGCUUGAUAUGCUCUUUAAGUACAUCGAACAGUAUCUGGCGUCAAAGAGAGAAAAGCACUAACAGGAUGUCACUGUGGAUUGGAUGGUGGCUGGCCAUGAUGACAUGAGUCAAGUUUGAAUAUUCUGAAAACAAAGAAAGAAUAAUGGACAGAUCAACCACAUACUGUAGGAUAAGGCACAAAUGGACUUCACCCUUUAACUUAUCGCUUGCACAUCACCAUUCCAUCACACUACUUGCUGAUGCACUGCAAUGCCAGCCUCUUUACCUUCUCUUUCUGGAGUUCUGGAAAAUGUCACAAUGGCAAUGUUUUACAUUGAACUAAAACAUAGAUAGAUAGAUAG